GUAUCAGCCUGUGGUUGUUCAGUCAAACGAGAUGCCUCGCUUCACGGUCCAUGUUCGGGAUGAGUGGCUGACUGUUCCAUGCAAAGAUGCCACCUGCAGCAUCAAAUGGUUGGGUUUUGAAGCUCUCAAGCGCUACAUCAAGAACAAACCCGACAAUGGAGGAAUCCAGCACAUCAAAGAUGUUCAUUUUGUGGUCAGAAGAUGUCAAGGAUUGGGGUUGCUGGACAGUGACGAUACCAUAGAAGAUGUGCUUGAGGAUAAUGACUUUGUUGAACUUGCUAUUGAAGGAGACACCAUGUCACAAGAUUUCAUUCCAAGUCAGCCUGGGACAUCACAUCUAACAAGAGCAUAUAGAGAACCAGAGCAAUACAUUUCUCUAGAUGGGAACAGCCUGACCUCAACUGAUCUGGUGAAUUUAGGGAAAGGCCUCUUUAAGAUUAAGCUGACCCCAGAGGCAGAGCAAAAGGUUGUGCAAUCGAGAGAGCUUCUGGACACCAUUGUGAAAGAAAACAAAGUUGUGUAUGGCAUCACUACAGGGUUUGGUAAAUUUGCUCGGACUGUCAUCCCAGUCAGCAAGCUCAAGGAGCUUCAGGAAAAUCUUCUACGCUCACACUCAUCAGGUCUGGGAAGUCCUUUAAGUCCUGAAAGAACUCGAAUGCUGCUCGCCCUGAGGAUCAAUGUUUUGGCCAAAGGGUACAGCGGGAUUUCACUGGAGAAUUUGCUCAGCAUGAUACAGGCCUUCAAUGCCUCCUGUUUAUCCUACGUCCCGGAGAAGGGUACGGUAGGUGCGAGCGGAGAUCUCGCCCCUCUUUCUCAUCUCGCCCUCGGUCUGAUGGGAGAAGGCAAGAUGUGGUCGCCCAAGAGCGGCUGGGCGGAUGCCAAAUACGUAUUGGAAGCACAUGGUCUGAAGCCCAUAUCUCUGAAGCCAAAGGAGGGGCUGGCUCUGAUCAAUGGGACACAGAUGAUCACUUCUUUGGGAGCAGAGGCCGUGGAGAGAGCUGAGGCCAUCGCCCGGCAGGCUGACAUCAUCGCUGCCCUGACCCUGGAAGUCCUCAAGGGGACCACCAAAGCCUUUGAUAGUGACAUUCAUGAACUGCGACCUCAUCCAGGGCAAAAGGAAGUGGCCCUGCGCUUCCGUUCCCUGUUGGACUCUGAUCACCACCCGUCUGAAAUUGCAGAGAGCCAUCGGUUUUGCGACAGAGUUCAAGAUGCCUACACUAUGCGCUGUUGUCCACAGGUCCAUGGAAUCGUCAAUGACACAAUUGAGUUUGUCAAGAAAAUCAUUAAUACAGAAAUCAACAGUGCCACAGAUAAUCCUAUGGUGUUUGCAGAAAGAGGUGAGACCAUAUCCGGUGGAAACUUCCAUGGAGAAUAUCCAGCAAAGGCUCUUGACUAUUUGGCGAUCGGUGUGCAUGAGUUGGCCUCCAUCAGUGAGAGGCGCAUUGAACGUCUCUGCAAUCCCUCUCUCAGCGAGCUUCCUGCGUUCCUGGUCAAUGAGGGAGGCCUGAACUCUGGAUUUAUGAUCGCACACUGCACUGCCGCAGCUCUUGUUUCAGAGAACAAAGUACUUUGCCACCCCUCCUCUAUUGACUCCCUAUCCACUAGUGCGGCCACGGAGGACCACGUGUCCAUGGGAGGCUGGGCCGCACGCAAAGCCCUCAGAGUGGUCGAGCACGUCGAACAAGUGCUAGCCAUUGAGUUGUUAGCUGCCUGUCAGGGUAUUGAAUUUCUACGCCCCCUACGUACAACGACACCAUUGGAGAAAGUAUACGACCUUGUGCGUGCUACAGUAAAGCCCUGGAUUAAAGACAGGUUCAUGGCUCCAGACAUUGAAGCUGUACAUCGGCUUCUCGUAGACCAGAAGGUGUGGAACAUUGCUGGGCCGUACAUUGAGAAAUAUUGUAUGGAAUACAUCCCAGAAUCCCGCCCCUCUUCCCCCACAGCCUUUGCUCUGGACCCGCCCCCAUCACCAAGGAAACGGGUCAGGCUGGAGUGACAGAGAUGGCAUCCUGCUGAUACUGUCCUAUAGUCUCACAUUUAAUACAGAUUUAUAUAGAGCAUUUAAAAUGUGUUCAUAUUUCAGCAUGGUUGUUGUUUUCUUUGAAUGGACUUCAUUAUAAGAUGUGAAAUGUUCCAGUUGUACUGUAUCUUGCCAUCUUUUGGUUCCUCUGCAGUUCUUUUGUUUCUGAGUGUGUUAGGAAAUAAAUGUCUUGUGAUAUCUGUA